CGCUGUCGGAAGCGCGAUUUUAGGAAGUGUGGCGGGCUAGGUAGCUUACAACACAUUCCGUCACUUCAAUUACGAACACUAGGUCUCUUAUCGAAUAUGAAUUGUCCCUCAAAAUCAGUGAAUGUUGUGCCCUUCUGAUCUCGCGGGCUUAUCAAACUUGCUCCUGGUGAGCCCAACUUGAGCUUUGUCCUAGCUACCUAUGAAAUAAGUCUGGACGUAGACGACACUGGCACAUUAUGCCAUUUAAGGCAGCCUCGUUACCAUGGCAAUUGGGCCUCUUUCUGGGAGCGCUAUUGCUUCCCCCUGCUGUCCAGGCAAGCCGUUCGGUGAACGUGGCCUUGAGCGCUUCGUUUAGCUCUCCACCGUAUCUUCUGGAGUUAUUGGAGACAGCCGCCGAAGAAAACUCCACCAGCUAUUUCCCCCUCCUUGACCGUAUCGCAGACGGAGCCUUUGCGGAAUCUCGGACGGAUAAGGACUUAUACGACCAAUUUCUACGUGUCUUGCGGGAUGAAGGACAUAUACGUGAUCCGGAUGCGUUGUCGUCGUUUAAGCUCGCCAUGUCGCUUCGCUCGACGGCACCAAGAAUACAAGCACAUUACCAGUACUAUAAUACCUCUGUAGAGCAAUCGUUGAUGGUCGUUCAGGAUGCGGUGUGUCAGGUCUGGGCGCAUUAUGGUGGAGAGCAGCAUUGCUCGCCGAGCUUGAAGCAUGCACAGCAAAGUGUUUCUGGAGACCAGGAUGAUCAUGUUUUACCUUUUGAUCGUGUGCUCGGCCGUGGUGAUCAACCGCUGGUUCUGUAUGCUGAUAUCUCCUCUCCUCUGUUUGGUGAUUUUCAUAAGGAGUUAAGCAAAAGGGCUGUGGAGGGAGAGUUUUCCUACAGAGUGCGAUACCGUCCCUCUUCGUUGGGCCAUGCCAACCGGCUCUUUGUGAGUGGCUAUGGCGUCGAACUCGCCUUGAAACGGACGGAUUAUAUUGUAAUCGAUGAUCGAGAUGCGGAGCAGAGUAGUUCUAGCUCGAGUUCAAGCUCAGAGAAAGCGAAGGCUACGCACGGAACCGCUAAGGACUUGAAGGAAGAGUCUCCGGCUGACUUGAAGCCUUUGUCUGCAUCGGAAGUCUCGACACUUGGAAUCAAUGCCGCCAGUUUUAUUAUGAACAGCGAGGAUCCGUUCGAGACGCUGUUGAAGCUAUCUCAGGAUUUCCCCCGUCACUCCUCUAUUAUUGCGAAUACCAACGCUACUAUUGAAUUUCUUGUUGAAUUGGCGAAUAACCAGGCACAUAUGCUCCCCGCCGGCUAUAACGUCAUGUGGAUCAACGGCGUUCAAUUGGAUCCUCGCCGAACUAAUGCAUUCUCACUGCUGAACCAUUUACGCUAUGAACGGAAGGUGAUUAACAAUUUUCGUGAGCUUGACCUAUCUGCUGGGGAUGUCGUGAGAUUACUCGCUCAUCCGGUCGUCGCGAGAUCUCAGGCGAUUGAGGAAGCCCCACGGUACGACUACAGGGACGAGACAGAAGGUGGGGGUGUGAUUAUCUGGCUCAAUGACCUGGAGAAGGAUAGGAGAUAUUCGAACUGGUCUCGUGGAUUGGCUGCGCUUCUUCAGCGAACGUAUCCAGGUCAAUUCCCUCAAGCCCGCCGCGAUGUUAAUAAUGUAAUCGUUCUUUUAAACUUGGCCGAUCGGACAGACCUACGGAUGCUUGUGUCGCAGCUUCAAAUGUUUAUUACUAGAAAGAUACCUAUUAGAUUUGGGAUGGUUCCCACAUUACCGGAUGAAGCGUCCAUGCAGCAGAUCAGGGUUGCAUCUUACUUGCACCAAACAUAUGGUUUGAAAACUCUUUUGACAUACUUUGAAAAUGCAUUGGAGGGGGCCAAGAGUCAGAUAGUCUGGCCGAGCAAGGACAGCUUCAACGCUGCGGUUCAAGACCGUGAACAUCACGCGGACCGACCUAAGUUGACUUUUGAGGAAAUCUUAUCCUCUGAUCACUUCGAACCAAUUAUCACAAAAACAAAGGCGUACCUAAAAAGAUUAUCUUCUGAUGGCCCGAACCCGCCGAUGUUCGUGAAUGGAGCUAUAAUUCCUCGGGAUGAACACUGGAUGCAACCUUUGGUUACCAGAUUAGCCCAGGAUUUGGAGGAGAUACAACAAGCAAUUUAUGGGGGGCUUUAUGAUGACGAUUCCUGGCUUCCCAUUCAUUUCCUUGAUGGAGCUGUGUUGACCCGGAAUCCGUUGAUCAUACCAGAGGACCCUGGUGCAGUCCAAAUCCGGGACUUACACGCCGCAUUUAAGAGCCGUCGAUCCGCAUUUGAUGCCCUUCCGCGGAUUAGAGCAUCUAGCGAUUCGAAUUUGGAGAAUUGGAGCAGCUUGAUAUUGAUUGCCGAUUUUGACAGCGAAGGUGGAAUAAAACAGUUGGGUUCCGUGCUUGAGUUUCGUGAAAAGAAUCCGGGGAUUGAAGUCCUUCUUCUCCACGAUUCCCACCUAGAUUUUUCUGGUCGUGUUUCGGCUGAACUUUUCAAUCUUAUGAAAGAGAGCCGGGAUGUGGAUGUGUCUGCGCUAAAAUCCAUUUUAGAGGUUGGCUCUGAACGACUCCUCACCCAAGAACCUGACGUGGAGCGGCGUCGCAAUUAUUUUUCGUCUUUCUCACCGCUGGCGAGAGAGCUAGGAAGCAACCAAGGUGGUGUUGACAUUGUGUUCAAUGGAAGGCUUAUUGGCCCAAUUCCCUCUUCAUCACUUUUUGGUGUCCAAGAAUUGGAACAACUUCUAGCUUAUGAGCGACAGAGGCGGCUAGAACCACUUUUCGGAGCCGUUAAAUCGUUGGAGCUCAAGGAUGUGGUCGACGGUCCGUUUAAACUUGCGAGGUUGACCUCUCUUGUUGCCCGUUCCACGAAACUAGAUAUUCCAGAGGAUAUCUACGAUAGCGGGCCCGCCUUACGCACCAACUCUUACGAAAAGUGGAGUACGGAGCACUCCGGCUUUAUGUUAUCUCACGCAGACGAUCCUGUGAUCCAAGUCGUUGCUGUCAUUGAUCCUGCAUCGGAAGCCGCCCAGCGCUAUAUUCCUAUCCUGAAGGUCCUCUCUAAACUUUCAGGAGUUUCGGUGAAAGUAAUCCUCAGUCCAAUCCAGCCAUUGAAAGAAUUGCCUAUCAAGCGGUUCUAUCGACAAGUUUUCGAAUCGGAGCCAUCGUUCAACGAUGAUGGUUCCUUGCGGAGACCGGAGGCAUCUUUUACAAGUAUACCGGAAGAUGCACUCUUAACGUUAGGCAUGGACGUCGCUCCGUCUUGGUUGGUUGCACCAAAAGAGUCCGUUUAUGACCUGGAUAAUAUAAAACUAAGCUCCCUGAGGGAGGGUGCAAAUGUUGACGCUGUAUAUGAACUCGAGCACAUUUUGAUCGAGGGACACUCAAGAGAUGUGACACAUGGAAGCCCUCCUCGAGGGGUUCAACUUCUCCUGGGAACGGAGAAAACCCCACAUUUUGCCGAUACAAUCAUCAUGGCGAACUUGGGUUACUUCCAAUUCAAGGCCCAGCCUGGAUGUUGGCGAAUUACCUUGAAGCCAGGACCAAGCGAACGCAUUUACCAGUUGGAUAGUGUUGGUGGUAUGGGGUAUGUUCCGAAGCCUGGCGAUGAGACAAACGAGGUUGCCUUGUUGUCCUUCCAGGGCACAACUCUUUUCCCACGACUAUCGCGGAAGCCCGGCCACGAAGAGGACGACGUUCUGGAAGCCGGGUCGAAAGCGGGAUCUGUUAAAAAUUACUUUUCAAAAGGUCUCAACUUUGCGUCUGAUGUGAUUUCUAGCAUAACUGGGUCACAGAAAGAGAAGCACGCAGAUAUAAACAUCUUUUCAGUCGCCAGCGGUCACUUGUACGAGCGAAUGUUGAAUAUUAUGAUGGUGUCGGUAAUGCGGCAUACGAAGCACUCGGUCAAGUUUUGGUUCAUUGAGCAGUUCCUGUCACCGUCAUUCAAAUCUUUUCUCCCACAUUUGGCGAAGGAAUAUGGAUUCUCGUACGAAAUGGUUACCUAUAAGUGGCCUCAUUGGCUUCGUUCACAACGGGAGAAGCAGCGAGAGAUUUGGGGCUAUAAGAUAUUGUUUUUGGAUGUGCUCUUCCCACUUUCUCUGGAUAAAGUUAUUUUCGUGGAUGCAGACCAAAUUGUCCGGACAGACAUGUACGACCUAAUCACUAUGGAUCUCGACGGGGCACCAUACGGGUUCACACCCAUGUGCGACUCGCGGACAGAAAUGGAAGGCUUCCGCUUCUGGAAGCAAGGUUACUGGAAGAAGUUCCUCAAAGGCCUUCCAUACCACAUCUCUGCACUCUACGUGGUUGAUCUCAACCGUUUCCGUGAACUCGCUGCUGGUGACCGGCUCCGAGGACAGUAUCAAUCUCUCUCAGCUGAUCCAAACAGCCUAGCCAAUCUGGACCAGGACCUACCGAACCAUAUGCAGCAUGCUAUUCCGAUCAAGAGUCUGUCGCAGGACUGGCUAUGGUGUGAAACAUGGUGCUCAGAUGAGGCAUUGAAGACGGCAAGAACAAUUGAUUUGUGUAAUAAUCCGAUGACGAAGGAGCCAAAGUUGGAGAGGGCGAGGAGACAGGUGCCGGAGUGGACGGAAUACGAUGACGAGAUUGCGGAAUUGGGGAGAAGGGUUGCAAGGGAGCAGGGGCAGGCAGGGGAUGAGAAGAAUGAGAAAAUGAGGGAGAGAGAUGAGUUGUAGACUUGACUUUAUUGGCCUGUAUGUUAAUAGAUGUUUGGUUUAUGCUCUUUGGUUGUUCGAUUUAGGAUUGCAUAGAAAGUUUCUAUUCCAUUGAGAGUUGGCACCUCUUUUUAUG